AUGACCACCGCCACCGCCACCACCACCGCCGUCCCCUCAACAGUAUCGGUAUCGCCAUACGCCUUCGCGGCCGCUCCGGACAUCAUCCGCUCCCACCAGAAGGACGCCUACUUCACCGGCCACCUGUCCGACACGCUGAGCGACGUGCACCGACGCAUCUGGGGCGCGCGUUCGGCCCACUCGCUCUCCGCAGAGAUACGCACGACCGCCUCGCUCCUGUACUUUGCGCUGACGACGCUGCCGGGGAACCGCACCCUGGGCGAGGAGUACUGCGACCUGGUCCAGCUGGAGGCCGACACCGGACGCCUACCCUCCCUGCGCCGCCGGGCGGCGUACAUUUCCGGGUCCAUACUGCUGCCCUACCUCGUCUCCAGGGGACUCCCCGGCCUGCGGAGGCGGCUCAGGGCCCUGAUCGAGCGGAGGCUCGCCUCUCUCGAGCGCGCCUCCUCCCCCGGCGGAGGAGGCGAGGGCGAAGGCGACCGCAAGGCCGGCGGAUCCGUCCGUGGCAGGGAGGCUCUCUUCUGGGGGUACAUACUGAGGCACCUGUCCUCGGUGACGUCGGCCUCCCCCGUCCAGGCCCUCACCCUGGCCGUCUUCUACUUUCGCGGAUCGUACUACCAGCUCAGCAAGCGCCUCCUCUCCCUCCGCUACGUCUUCACCCGCUCCGUCCCCGACACCCCCGACAGGGCGGGCUACGAGGUCCUGGGCGUGCUGCUGGUCCUCCAGCUCGCCGUACAGGCCUACCUCCACCUGCGCGCUACCUUGCAGAAUGCGGACGACGCCGUCGACAGCCACGACGUCCACUACAGCUCGGGCGAACUGCUGCUCCCGGGUGGUGGCAGGACGACGCAGACGACAAAGGUUGACAUCGCUGCCGCCACAAACACCCCCGUCGCGGGGACGCCCCGUCAUGACCUCGCCGACGACGCCGUCAUGGCUUACAUCGCGGGCGCUCAGCAGCGCAAGUGUACCCUCUGCCUCGAGGAGCUCAAGGACCCGGCUGCCACCCAAUGCGGCCACGUCUUUUGCUGGGAGUGCAUCGGUGACUGGGUCAGGGAGAAGCCCGAGUGUCCGCUGUGCAGGAGGGACGCCAUGGUCCAACAUAUCCUGCCGUUGAGAGCCGUGUAG